GGUGCACUGUGUCCCUCGGACACAGCGGAUCACCGAUCCACAGAGCCGAAGAUGUCGGCUUGGUCAUGUGAUCAGCUGUGUCCAAUCACAGCUGAUCACAUGGGACAUGUACACUGAUCAUCAGAGCACUGAGUGUAGCCCCAGCAGUGCCACCUGUUAGUGUCUAUCAGUGCCAGCUGUCAGUGCUCAUCAGUACCAUGUGUCAGUGCCACAUCAAUGCCACAUAUCAGUGCCUACCAGUGCACAUCAAUGCCACAUAUCAGUUCCCAUCUGAGCUGCCUUUCAGUGUCACCCAUCAGUGCCACCUGUCAGUGCUGCCUAUCAGUGCCACCUAUCAGUGCCAGUCAGUGCCACCUAACAGUGCCAGUCAGUGCCAUAUAUCAGUGUUGCCUUUCAGUGCCCAUCAGUGAUGCCUGUCACUGCCCAUCAGUGCCACCUACCAGUGGCUCCUCAUCAGUG